UUUUGUUGCUUUUACAACGUUUUCACCAGCAGGUGGCGUCAUAUUUAGGUGUUUCGAGCGCUUCGGUCGAAUGAAUCAUUUUUCGAAGAAAUUGGUUCAAUUGUUUCGAAUCUUCCAAAAGCUUUGUUUCGCCCGCCACUACUUCCGGUACGGUUGGCCCCUCCCCUCUCUGUCAUGGGCGUGUCCACAACAGACAGCAAAGGAGACUUCAGAAUGGGAGAGAGCUUCUAUGAACAGCUGCAGAUAGACAGCCAGUUCUUGAAAUCGGACCGGCGUUUGGACACAGAGCUGGUGGAUAAACUCAUCCUGCAGCUCAACAGAAUCUAUCCACAGAUCCUUACCGACAAGGAAGCCACCAGGUUUAGGGAUUUGGAUGUUCCCACAUGUGUCAGGCUGGCAGAGCUGCUGUCUCGUCUGCAGGAGAAAGGAGAGGAGGCGUGUCGAGAGUUUUACAGAGCACUGCACCUCCACGUUGAGGAGGUUUACUUCAGCUUACCCACACGUCUCCGACUCAGGGAGUCCGGUGAUCGAGUUGAUCCAAUCGUGAAUCCCAAACAUAGAUAUGUACUAAAUGACCGAAGUCCUGUAUUCUUCAUAAGCUGCUUUAGUGCUGCUGUCGGAGCCGCUCUUCUGUAUUAUUAUGGUGAGUCCAAGGAGGUGUCGGGUUCAAGCAGUGCACUCGGUCUGGCUGCCCUGGGAUUGAGUAGAAAGGUGCGAGAUGUUCUCAUCUGGUACACAGAAGAUGGAAUAUAAUGGAUUUUUGGUGCCUUUAAAAUCAUUUUGACACUAUACAAUAUCAGAGUAUCGCACAAAAUAAGUUUCAGAUCUCACAGGUGGAUUGUGUAUGUUGCUUUCUACAGUGUAUGUAUAAUUUAUACAUCAUCUGUUUGAAUUGCUUAGUUGCGCCAUUGUUAUUCAGAUUGGUGAACCAGUGUUUAACCUGUCUUGCGUACUCAAAUGACCAGCAUAGAUGAUGACCAGCAUGUGUUUAGUACAUCUGUUAAGUACAACUUCAUUGCAAAACACCAACUUCAGGUUUUAAAAGAUAUAUGCAUGUAGUGUAUAAAGUAAUUACUGAUGUGAGCGAGACUAAAAAUGGCCUACAUCUGGAAACAUUUAAGAAACAAACAUAGCUAUUUUGAAAUAUUAGAUAAGUACAUGCAACAGUGAAACUAAUAAAACUAAUACUUAUUGAUUUACACUCACCACUGAAAAGUAGGCAACUAAUAAUUAAUACUGGGCAUUUAGGAAUCAAACUCAUUUUUAUGCUCAAGGAUAAAGUUAACACUGGUUAAUUUCAAUAAUCUCUCAUUCAUGUAUUGUAUAUAUCAUUCAUACUGUAACUGAUAAUUACUCAAGAGAUAUUUUGACAAAAUGUUGACCCAAAGGGGCUUUAGCCUUACUAAAUGCACACCUGUUAUAACAAAUAUAUGAAGUGUAAGUAUAUUUUGAGAUAUAAAGCUGAAUUUAAGGAGUAUUAGGAGCUUGUUACCUUGUAAUACUUUUUGUGUUAAGCGUUUUGUGGGUUAAGGUUUUAUAUUUUAUUCAUUGUUUAUAUAUAUUUUAUAAAUCUGUUUUUUAAAACAAGCAGCAUGUUUGCACUGGAUUGUCUACUAAUAAUCGAUCACAUUUGUCAAUUUCCUAGGAGAUAUUUCUAACUCUCGUGGCCUUAUUUUUGCAUUAAAAAAAGUAAGAAAUAUUUUGCAAGAUUUGUAUGAAGAGGAAAAUACUAAAAUAAUGUAUUUAUGAGUCACACAAAUGAGUAGUUUGGCUUGUCAGUCAUAUAAAUAGACAUUUUUGAACCCUAACAAAAGAAAAGAUAAAAAAAUAUAUAUAUAUCAUCUUUAAAAAUAUAAUAUGUCUAAUGCAUUUGGGUAUAAAUUGGAUUGUGUGCCUUUGUGAUAUGUAUAAGUUGUGUCCUUUGUAUAUAAAGCGAGUUAAGGACAAUUGGAAAGUUUCUAAAAUCUGAAUAAAUAAAUAAAUAUUGUUAUU